GAACCUUGUUGGCAUUCUGAAUCGGUAGGCAAAAUAGAAUUUCCCUGAAAAGGAUUGAACGCAAAAGCUAAUAUUUUUAACAGCAUAUAGCUUCAGUGAUUAAUCAUCAAACGGCAGGAAAUGUGGCAGAUUUUGACUCUCGCUUUGGUAACUUUUUAUCCUUAUUCUACAGACUCGCGGGAGGAAUAGUCAAUUGGUGCUCGCUCGACUAGAGGAUACAACCCCUCGUUGGCUUGGGUAACUCAAGAACCGUUUGCCUUUUGGCAGGACAAAGAUUUGUAUAAAAGUAUCAAUGAUCUCAGUAUUACUGAGGAUGACAUAAGCAAAGCAAUCCAGAUGAAUGACACUAUCGAUCCUUGCCGUGUGACGACACUGACGAACAAAAUAUUCCGGGGUGAGCCCAUCAAAAUGAUCGUGAUUGGUGGAUCGAAUUCAGCCGGGGGUGGAGUCGAAAAUCACAGGCGUUUAUAUCACCAACUGUUCUCUCAGUGGUGGGAAAGAACGAUUUCACCAACGACUGGCUCCAAGUUGACGGUGGAAAAUAUGUCACUUGGAGGGACUGGGAGCGACUUUUUUACAUUUUGCCUGCAGAAUUUCAUAUCAACAGAUGAUGAGCCAGAUUUAGUGUUCAUCGAGUUGUCAGUAAACGAUUAUGGAUGCAUAUACGGCGCAACAGCUCAGCCGAUGGAACUCCUUACACGACGAGUUUUGUCCUUGAAAUCCUUUCCAUUAGUUCUGUACGUAAGCUUGGUUGAUUUGGUCAAGAAAGGUGCAUCUCUCAGCAGUAUUAAGAAUCCAAGAUGUCACAAUUUGGAAGAUUUGGGACAAGGUGAGCUUGCAACUCACUAUGGGAUUACCUUGCUUAGCUGGCGUGACAUACUUUGUCCAGUGAAUCCAGCAAAUGGCAUCCGAAAAGCCUUUAUACGGCCAGGAAUGGUGAAUGAUGAUCAUCUGCACAUUGAUAUCAAAGGACAUGCUCAAGUUGCUCUCAUUCAAAUCCGCUACUUUCAGAGUAUCCUACUACGAACGAGCCAGCAACUGUUCUGUGAAAGAUCUUCAUUAAAGGACCCUUUAUUUGCCAGUAGUUCGAUGCUGGUUACAAACCCUCGCUGCUGGGCUUCUACAAACCCAAGAUGGGGAAAAUCCAAUGUGCAUCAGUCUCUUGAUGUAAAGGUAAACAAAAAACGGCGUUUCAGCGAACUGCCUCUAAAAAGCAUCAAAGCGAAGAUGGGCUCUCCAUCUGACCGUCGAACAGACGCGUUCGGUGGCUGGGUGUCUCUUCGACAAGGGAGCUUUAUAGAGUUCUCCUUUCAAGUUCCACCCAAAAAAUGGUCUGUAGGUAUCGUUUUACGUAGAAUGAGGCAAAAUUCGGGUCGAUUAUUGUUGUGGCUUGACAAAGACAAAAAGAAUGCGGUAGGCAUAAUUGGAAGAGCUUUCGGUAGUGUUCAUUUUCAAACCCGUGUUUACUUCGUGGCUCCACAGGUGUCUCAGGGUCGCCAUAACAUUAGCUUGGAGUCUCAAGGAAACAAAGCUAUUUCUGUUCUAAUAAACGGUAUCGUGUUAGGCCCUGCUGGAAUUGAUGAGUUUGAAGGAUAUAAACCUACUGGAACUUUAGAAAAAGUUUGGAGUCUUGAAGACUAUAAAAAGUUUAGAAUAUAAUUUAGGAUAUCACGUAAAUACGUUAAAAAAUGAAUUAAAAGAAAAAUUCGUGGCAUUUUCUCCUUCAUGUUACCAUUUUCGUAGAAUGACUUUCAUUUCUGUCUGCUGUUUUUUUUAUUCUC